AUGAACGUCGCAAAAGUUACCGCCUGGGGAAAGCCACCUCAAUAUAUCACCGGAGGUCCUUCCCUUCCAGCCCCGUCCCCAUCGCAGAUCCAACUCAAGGUUCUAGCCGUCGGCGUUCCUCGUGUCGUGAAGGGCCGCGCACUUGGCAAGCAUUCCAGCGUCAAGGGUGGGCUGCCUUUCGAUCCGAGCAUCGAUGGCGUUGGCCUUGAUGAGGCUACGGGGAAGAAGUACUACAUCGCACCCAUGAGCGCCCCCCUUUUUGCCGAGCGCGCUAAUGUUGAGCAACACCAAAUGAUUCAGCUCUCCCCGGAAGCUGAUCCUGCCACUGUGGCGGCGCUAGUGAAUCCCGUCAGCAGCAGUUGGAUGGCCUUGAGUGCCCGCGCAAUUGGUGGGUGCAAGGGACGUACCGUCUUCAUCGUCGGUGCUACCACCGAGAGCGGCCGUCACGCCAUCAAUGUCGCUCGCGAGCUGGGCGCUGCCAAAGUCGUAGGCACCUCACGCACCCAAGAAACUCUGGACAAAGUCGAGGGGCUCGAUGAGCGCAUUCUUCUCACCGAGCCCUUUGAGGUGCCAAAAACAGUGGGACCUCUCGAUAUUGUAGUGGACUUUGUUGGCGGCCCUACCUCUAUAGCUAUCAUGAAGACUGCGGAGAUCAGGGAGGGUUUACAGUAUAUCAGCGUCGGUGGCGUCGCCGGACACGAAAACUUGGAGAUACCAGCUAGCUUGCUUAAUGCCCGUCCCAUCCGUAUCAUGGGAUCUGGCAUGGGCGCUUUUUCCAUGCUAGAAGUAAAGAAAGAAAUGCCGGGAUUAGUUCAAUUUCUCGGUAAAAUGAAGAGGCCUUCAAAUGUUGUCACAGCUGCUUUGGCUGAUAUCGAAACCGCGUGGGAUUCUACCAAGGAGAAGGAGAGGCUUGUUCUAAUCCCUUAG